ACUAUGCACACAUAAUGACUUGUUUUCUUUCUUCAAGGGCCAUGGAAGCGGACAGAGCGACAGAACUCUAGGAAUCAGAUGCUUCACAUCCAAUCAGAGAUUUCUCUCUCGGACACAUCACAUGUGAACGCAAACUACGCAGCAGACGAGAGUGAUAGACGACAUCAGGACGCGUUUGUGUUGGCGUUUGGUAUGCGAGGCAGCCAUAUUGGAGGGUUUGAGGAUGCUAAGCACGUGACAUGUUUAACAAACGGGAGGCUUCUCAUCUCCGAUUAUAUCAACAGUCGACUCCAAGUGUGCACAACCAAAGGUGGAUGUCUUGCGGUACUCGACAAGGACGUGAAGUUUCCAUGGGCAGCGGUCUUGACUCCGGACAAUAAUAUCGCAGUAACCCUGUGCACCGAGCGGUGUGUUCGUAUCUACUCGAUGGACGGAGACCUAUUGCAGAUGUUUGGUGAAAACUUGUUUGUGUGUCCCACAGGGAUUGCAUGUGACGACAAAGGUAGGAUGAUUGUGUGCGAUGCUAAAACGGACAAAGUCUCAGUCUUUGAUAAAUAUGGCAACUUCGUCCGAUUCUUAGGCAAUUUUGAUCGAGUCGAGGAAACUUUCUCGAAACCAGGAUAUGUUUGCAUAUCUGUGAAUGGUGACAUUAUAAUCUCAGAUUCCGGAAAUCAUAAAAUAAAAGUGUUCGACGCUGAAUGUAAUUUUGUUAAAGCCUUUGGCUCAUUUGGGAGAGGUGAUGGUCAAUUUAAAUGCCCAUACGAUGUCGCAACAAAUGUGUUUGGAAAUAUUUUUGUUGCGGACCAUUACAACAGUCGAAUUUCAGUGUUUACUCGUGAUGGUGUAUUCAUCCGCCACAUGUUGUGCAGUAAACACGGACUUCUUCAUCCCCAGGGCGUCACUGUAACAACAGAUAAUCAUCUAGUAGUAACACACGGACAUUUAAAGGCCACGGAAAUUCUCGUUUUCCGACUGGCAAUCGAAUCUACAAAACCAUAUCGAUGUGACAUCAUAGAAUAUGUCUAA